GUAUACCUUUUUCUCAGUCUUCUUAUUGCUCGGCUCGCUGCCUUAUCUUUGCGCAGUUUCUUCCUACAAAUAUAUACGGAGUAUAUUUUAUAUUGAAGAGAGAAAAUAAAAAAAAGAGAGAGAUUAUUAAAACCAAGUGAAUUUAUUUAAUUUCUUUGAGAAUUUUUAUUGGGAAGAAUUGAAGAAGAAGGAAGAAGAAGAUGGGAGUUUGGAGAUUAUUUGAAGUGGCGUCGAUGCCAAUAGUUCAAGUGUUGAUAAUAAGUGUAUUGGGAGCUUUGAUGGCCACUGAUUAUUUCAAGCUUCUUCCCCCCGAAGCUCGCCGAUCCCUUAACAGAAUAGUCUUUUCGAUUUUUACGCCGUCGCUUAUGUUUGCAAGCCUGUCACAAACCAUAACAAUGAAAGACAUCAUUUCAUGGUGGUUUAUGCCCAUUAGUAUUGGGCUAACCUUUUUAUUUGGAGGAUUUUUUGGAUGGAUUGUUGUGAAGGUACUAAAACCAAAACCACAUUUAGAAGGCCUCAUCAUUGCUAUAUGUUCCUCUGGAAAUUUGGGAAAUCUUCUCUUAAUCAUCAUUCCUGCAAUAUGUGAAGAGGAUGGAAACCCCUUUGGUGAUAAAUCAACUUGUUCUACUAUUGGUUUGUCAUAUGCCUCCUACUCAAUGGCGCUUGGAGGUUUCUACAUAUGGACUUACACAUACCAAUUGAUAAGAAGUUCAUCCUUGAGGCUAAGAGCACAGCUAGCAGCUGAAGCCACUAUGGUAUUCAAGGAACCAAACAAGGACUUAGAUGCAAAUGAGAAGUCUUUCCUCCUUGAGGAUGAAGCUCCUCAAGAACAUCUUCCAAUUAGUGUCCUACCAAUAAAAUCAACACGGAAUGACGCCGAAAAUCCAAUUAAUGAAUCACUAGAGGCCAACAACAAGCUGAAGAAACAAGAUGGUGCAUCAUUCUUGAGUCAAGUGAUUGGGAUUUUGCACUCAAUUGUGGANCCCCCCCCGCACUUUCUCAUUUUUAGAUUCCACAAAUAGACACGAGCUCAUAUGGAUCUACGGGUCGAUCUCUACGUGUUUGUGUGAAAAAACAAGAUGGGAGAUGUGGGCGCAAAAUUUGUGGACAAAAUUGGUUUUAUUUUUCUCUUCUUCUUGAUGGGUACACAAAGUAAUUAAUCAUAUUGAAGUGUGAUAAUUUAUGUGUUUUGUGAGUGGUAAGAUCUUAGGAUUUCUGUUUGGGGCUGUGACAUGGCUGAGGAACCUAAUAAUUGGUGAGAGUGCUUCUCUUAGAGUAAUCCAAGACUCUGUCAAACUACUUGGGAAUGCAACUAUCCCAUGUAUCACCCUUAUCCUGGGAGGCAACCUCACACAAGGUUUGCGCAAUGCAAAGGUGUCGCCAUUAGUGAUUGCAGCGGUUCUGUGCGUGCGGCAUAUCUUCAGUCCCCUGAUUGGGAUUGGCAUUGUUAGGGCUGCCUCCAACUUAGGCCUCCUUCCGCCCGAUCCCCUCUUUCACUUUGUCCUCAUGAUUCAGUUCACCAUGCCACCCGCCAUGAAUAUCGCAACCAUGACACAACUGUUUGAUGUAGCACAAGAAGAAUGUUCAGUGCUUUUCUUGUGGACAUAUUUGGGUGCAGCACUUGCACUUGCCUUGUGGUCAACUGUGUUCAUGUGGAUCUUGUCAUCAUCAUGAUAUAUGAUGGCAUUCAUUUUUUUUAUGUAUUUGUAUGGUGCAUUAGGUAAUUGUACAAUAUUCAUUUUUUCGGGCGGAAAAUGCUACAUGUACAUUACGCUUACUUAAAACUUACUCCGUACAUCACAACCAAAAUAUUAAAUGACAGAGACAAAUUUUUGUGAUUUUGAAAUUUCUCUUUAUAUUUCAAAUUUUGGGUAGUGAUUUAAGCGUAAUGUACGUGUACUUUUCCUGGCCUUUUUUGAAUGGGGUUUUAGUAGUGUGUUUGUGGCAAAAAUAAUAAUCCUACAUCACAAUGUAUUGUACUUAGUUUGAUUGGGGAUGUGAAUGAAUAUUAUAAUUGAUG